GGUGGUCUUCAAGGAUUGCAUAAUAUUCAUGGAAGCUUCAACCUGCCAAAUGUGCCUGGUUCGCUUGCAUCCAGAGAGGCCGCAAUGGGUGUUGUACCAUCAGGUGGUGUUCAGCAACCAGGAGGAAGCAUUCCUAGUGGAUGGUUCUCAUCAAACAAUCUUUUGGUUGCAUUAUCUCAGAUGCCUCAUGGCUCUGGUGUCACAAAUAGAGGGGGUAUUAAUGUUGUUGGAAAUCAUGCUUUUAGUAGUAGUAAUAUUAAUGGAGUCACUGGGUCAAUAACCGGUAUUUCCUCAAGUUCAGCUUCUGGGAAUCGUAGUUCUGUUCCUAGUUUGGGAGUUUCUCCAGUAUUGGGUAAUGUAGGGCCAAGACUUACAAGCUCUGUAGGCGACAUUGUUGGCAGUGAGUGGUAA